AUGUUCGCCCACGCGCUGCAGCAACGCGUCGCCGCAGCACUCCCGAAGAGCACAUCACGCCUACGGACGCGCGCGAUCGGGUUUCUGUCCACACUGCCGGACGAGCACGUGAUGCUGCGCGACAUGUGCGUGCAAUACGCGGCCAAGAACCUCACGCCGCGCGCGGGGGCGCUCGACAAGGAGCACCGGUUCCCGGCCAAACAAGUGGAGGCGCUGGGGCAGAUGGGGCUCAUGGGCGUCGCGAUUGACGACGCGUACGGAGGAGCUGGACUGGACUAUCUGGCGUACGCGAUCGCGAUCGAGGAGAUCAGUCGUGGCUGUGCGUCCACGGGCGUCAUCAUGUCGGUCAAUAACUCGCUCUACUGUGCACCGCUCGACGCGUUUGGUACGGCCGAGCAAAAAGAGAAGCACUUGACACCAUUUGCUAGGGGCGAGAAGCUCGGCUGUUUUGGCUUGAGCGAGCCGGGGAAUGGCAGUGAUGCGGGUGCGGCGUCGACGACGGCACGGACGUCGGAGAAGGGAUAUGUGCUUAACGGCACAAAGGCGUGGAUCACUAAUGCACAUGAUGCCGAUCAGGCUAUUGUGUUUGCGACGACGGACAAGUCGCUCAAGCACAAGGGCAUUAGUGCGUUUAUUGUGCCGAUGGAUGCGCCAGGCUUUUCACUAGGCAAGAAAGAGGACAAGCUCGGCAUUCGUGCGUCCAGCACUGGCAAUCUCAUCUUCGAAGACGUUGAGAUUUCAAAGGACUGCCUUCUCGGCAAAGAGGGAGACGGGUUCAAGAUUGCUAUGGUUACACUGGACUCUGGUCGUAUCGGCAUUGCAGCACAAGCACUGGGGAUUGCUCAAGCCUCGUACGAUUGUGCUAUCGCGUACGCGCAGACGCGCAAGACGUUCGGUGUGCCUUUGGCGAAGAACCAAAUCAUCCAGACCAAGCUGUCGACAAUGGCCACGGAGAUCGAAGCCUCGCGUUUGCUGACGUGGAAAGCUGCCGUCGAGAAGGAUGCUGGACGACCUUAUACAAAGCUGGCCGCCAUGGCAAAGCUCAAGGCGUCGGAAGCCGCCACCAUGUGUGCCCAUCAGGCCAUCCAAGUGCUCGGCGGCAUGGGCUACGUGUCGGAGAUGCCAGCUGAACGCCACUAUCGUGACGCACGCAUCACAGAGAUAUACGAAGGCACGUCGGAGAUCAUGCACCUCGUCAUUGGCGGUGCGUUGAACAAGGAGUUUGCCGAGACCAGUUAG